GGGUCCGGCUCAUUAUGUCUCCGAUCGUGCGAUGACCAACCGCACACCAACGGCUGCGUUAUAAAAACAUCAUAUCUCUCUCGCGAGACCGACGUGACGUGUGUGAUCGCGCGUUUUUAAUCGUUCGAACUUUUCGUACCGAUAUCCGGAUGAUAGCCGGUUGUUUUUUUUUAAAUUAAAUUUGGAAACAUUUUCCACUUGAAAGAUACGAAUCGUUUGUUUGGGUUUCAACCAGCCUGUUACAGUCCGGCACCUGUAACCGGAAAGGGUUCCAAGUUGUCGAAACAUACGCAUCGAAGUUUCAAAAGGAUACGCCAUGGACUUCCGAUUGACACAGAAGUGUUUUGUGUGUCUAUUGUUGAUAGCCACUACGAAUGCCGUGAUAAAUUCUGGCGCUAGUGAUGAGAAGUCGCCGACCAGAAGAGAUGCAAGUCUUGGCGUACCAUCAGAUUCUUACGGUGCACCCCCUCCUUCAUUUGGCGCUAAUCAAGCUAAUUACGGACCACCGCAGGCUUAUGUUUCAUCUGAUUUAAAAGCACCUAACAUUAAUUAUGGACCUCCGUCAAACUCCUAUGGUCCACCAAAAUCAACAUACGGACUUCCAAAACCUAGUUUUAAACCUUUAAAACCGGACUAUGGACCACCUCUACAAGAUUCAUAUGGGUUGCCACCAAAACCAGUAUAUGGUGCUCCACAAACACCGAACUCCGUGUAUGGUUUACCAUCUGGACCUCCAAGUUCUUCUUAUGGUGUUCCAUCAGUUUCUUAUGCAAAAGGGCCUCCGGGUGUACCAUCUCCGCCAACCCCACCACAUAUCUCUUAUCACGGUUGGCAACCAAUUCCGGGUGUAUCAAUACCGUAUGUUCAGAAAAAUAAUGGUUACGAACAAUCGUCCUUAGGAACUGCGUAUGGUCCACCACUACCUCAAGAAGGAGGUUGUUGCAAUAAUAAUAUUAAUUCUAUAGAUACUUCUUACGGAGGUUUACCUCCUCCAAUAUUACCAGCAUCAAAUUUGGACUAUGGUCCACCAAAAGAUGAGAAUUCUUAUCAUGGAAGCUCUCACGCUCAGUCAUUGACAAGUUUAUAUAAGCCACCACCAAUCAUUCCAGAUACCAGUUAUGGCCCUCCAACACCUUCUAAGCAGCCUUCUGACUCAUAUGGGCCUCCACCCAGUGGUUCUUAUGGUCCACCUCCUAAAGAACCACACGGAUCCCCACCAAGUGGAUCAUACGGACCCCCUCCAAAAGAUUCGUAUGGACCACCUCCAAAAGAUUCAUAUGGGCCACCACCGAGCGGAUCAUACGGACCUCCUCCAAAAGAACCACACGGAUCCCCACCAAGUGGAUCAUACGGACCCCCUCCAAAAGAUUCGUAUGGACCACCUCCAAAAGAUUCAUAUGGACCACCACCAAGCGGAUCAUAUGGACCCCCUCCAAAAGAUUCAUAUGGACCACCACCUAGUGGAUCAUACGGACCUCCGCCAAAAGAUUCGUAUGGACCACCUCCAAAAGAUUCAUAUGGGCCACCACCGAGCGGAUCAUACGGACCCCCUCCAAAAGAAUCACAUGGACCACCACCAAGUGGAUCAUACGGACCUCCGCCAAAAGAUUCGUAUGGACCACCUCCAAAAGAUUCAUAUGGACCACCACCAAGCGGAUCAUAUGGACCACCACCUAGUGGUUCAUAUGGCCCACCAUCUAAAGAAUCACACGGAUCACCACCUAGUGGAUCAUAUGGACCUCCUCCAAAAGAUUCGUAUGGACCACCUCCAAAAGAUUCAUAUGGGCCACCACCAAGUGGAUCAUAUGGACCACCACCGAGUGGAUCAUACGGACCUCCUCCAAAAGAUUCGUAUGGACCACCUCCAAAAGAUUCAUAUGGGCCACCACCAAGUGGAUCAUAUGGACCACCACCAACUGGAUCGUAUGGACCACCACCUAAAAGUACGUAUGGACCACCACCUAGUGGAUCAUACGGACCACCUCCAACUGGAUCGUAUGGACCACCUCCGAAAAAUUCGUAUGGACCACCCCCAAGUGGAUCUUAUGGAUCUCCUUCUAAACCUUCAUAUCACCCACCUCAAAAAGAAUCACAUGGACCACCACCGAGUGGAUCAUACGGGCCACCUCCAAUUGGAUCAUAUGGACCACCUCCUAAAAGUUCAUAUAGACCUAAACCAAGUGGAUCUUAUGGACCACCUCCAACAGAUUCAUAUGGACCACCUCCAAAAGAUUCAUAUGGACCACCCAAAGAAUCAUACGGUCAACCAUCAACUGGAUCAUUUGGACCACCUAAAGAGUCUUAUGGAUUACCAUCUAAGCCUGCAUAUAAUUCUCCACCGCCAAAAGAUUCAUAUGGAAUUCCUUCUCUAGGUUUUAUUGAUAAUUCAUUGCAAAUACAAUAUGGUUCACCAUCAACGUCUUCAUAUAAUGGUCUUCCUCCAGAAGGUACUUUCGGUACACCGAUAGCUAUCUGUUGUGGUACACCUCCACCAGAUUUAGCAUUACAAAAGCCUACAGACUCUCAAUAUGGAUUAACCUAUGGACAAGCAUCUGGAAGACAAAUACCUGGGCCAAAUCUUCAACCAAAAAAUCCAGUAAAAAAUAGGGCUCCUGUGCCACAGGGUCUCGUAGAAUCAACACAAUAUAAUAGUUUCCAAGGUGAACCAUACAUACCUCCUCCAGUUCCAGAAGUACCAACAGCUGUAAAUGAUGCAUAUGCUGCUCAAUCAAGUUCUACAGGUUAUAGUAAUUCUAACAGUAAUCCAAAUUUAGAGCAAAGUCAAAUAGUUUCUCAAGAUCAACAACAGUAUAAAAUCCCAGCUACACAAGAUGUAUCAAAUAAUGGCUUAUACAAUCAAGGAUCAUCUACAUCAUACGCUUUACCGGCUCCUGAAUCUUAUCAACAUAUAACACAAACAGUUUCUUUAAAUAAUGCAAUUCAAGAACCUAACAGUUAUGUUCAGCCAAAUCAACUUUCAUUAUCAAAUGUUGAAAACUAUGGUUCUCCACAACAAGCAUUUGACUUAAAUCAACAAAUUGAAGAAAAUAAAAAUAAUCCACAAUCGAGAGACGUAGAGAAUAAUUCACAGCAACCAGGAAAUAAUAAUUAUCAACAUCAACCAGAUGGUGUGGAUGUUAACGAUAUAGUUAAGUCACUAGGUUUAGAAGGAUCCUCCGUUGUCGGUUCAAAAUCUGUUGACAUAAAUGGUAUACAAGAGUAUCCUGUGCAAGGGUCUAAUGGUAACUACAUGCUCCAAAUUCAACCAGGUCAAGGAGGUGGAGAACAUGUCGCUCAUGAUCAAGUACUUUCUAAUGGAUUACUUCAAGAUAUUUUAUCAGCCAUAGAGAACCAACAGAAAUCAGAUAAUUCAUACGACAACCAACCACAAGGGUCAGAAGUACAACAAGUCGCCACAUCAGCGGCCAAUACUAGUACUGAGUGGCCAGAAAAUUCUGCAAGUAAAAAACAAGAAAUGGCUCUAUUCUAUAGCACUAGAGACGGAAAAGGACAAUCUACGCGAGGCACAGAAACACUUCCGGAUGAAAUAAACCAUUUGAGUGUAAACGAGGUGUCGAAUGGAAACUUUGUUUCAUACAAGUCGCCCAAAGUAAAUUAUGUAUAUAGUGACUCAUCACCUCAAUCUGUAUCACAGGCAUAUCCACAACAAUCGACUCCCAAGACUGAUGAAAGCUCAACCAAUUCGUUGUCGAGUACAGGAAAAUAAUUAUUGUAAUAUAAUAGAUUUGUAUAUGUAUACACAUAUAUAAUACAUUAUUAGAUAUUAAUUUAUAUAAAUAGAUUAAAAGUAAUCCUACUAUUAUAAUUGCAGUUUCAACUCCUCAACCUUUGGUUGCAUUCAAAUUGACAACUGUAAUAACACGUAAGAAAGUGCUCGUAUUCAUAAAAAUCGUAAUUUAACCGGAAUACCGUAUCGCAAAAAAGUAUUGUACUUGUAUUAGUUUAAACGUUCACGUACAAAAACGUUCUAUAAUAAUUGUAUAAAUACUUUAUUAUCUUGACAGGAUAAUCGCUCUAUUAUUAAUUUAUAUUGACGACGUAGUUACCAAGCACAGAUUUAUUCACGACUAGCUUAUCACGAACUCGAAAUAAUAACAUCGUGCCUUAUUUUGUUUUAAAUCGUGAACGACGAAUAUUUUAAUCUAAAAAGUGAGAGUAUACUUGUGAGUGUAAGGUACGACAGAUAUAAAUGCGAAUUGUAACACAAUAAAAAUAGUACAAAAAGCCAUUUUGGAUAUGAAAAUUGUUCACGAGAUUACUUAGUGCUUUGAAUGCAACUGGAUGUGUGUUUUUGAUAAUAAAUUGAAUGAAAUCGUUUUGAUUAUCAAAAAAUUUGGAGUGAUAAAUUAUUAAUAUACAUUUAUACUUAAUUUUAUUGAGUAAAUAUGUAUUUAUAUAUUAUGUAAUAACGUUUAGCACGAUUGCCACUACGAAGUGCCAUAGACCAUUUAUUAUUGUUAUCAUUAUUAUUAUAAUAAUAUUCUUAAUGUAAAAAUACCAUACAUUUUCUUUAAAUUAACAGCUAUUAUAUUCUCGUUCUUGUAUAUCACUUGAAAUAUUCAAAAUAAUUUACUUUUUUAUCAUAU